AGAAUUUGAGCAACUUGAUUCCUUGGUCGUCCAUUAAGAUUGCCAGCGAUGCGCGAGCAGGUAUGGAACCAGAAGAGGACAAGAACAGACAUAUUAUGUAGUGAGGUCACCGAACGGUUCUAACCGGGGAGUUUUUUUGCCAUGUCCCGUGAAAAACGGCCGGCAGUUUCCAAGCGGGCGGAAGCGUUUUUGGACAUAAAAAAUUUGCAAUUAUCAAGCGGACGGGGCUUUGCCGUCAAACAAGCCCGGUCGAAAACUAUCGAUUCGCACUUGAUAAAACGACGCAGGGGAGCUGGCAAAAGGGGCGCCCUUCUGAGGCGCUCACCGCCUUAGUUUCUGGCGAUUUGGAACGUCCAAAAAGGGGCGCGCAAAAAACGCGCCCAAAAUCAGAACAGCGAAACAGCAUGGCACGGCCGCGAUUCCGGAGCAUUUUGGGCGGCCGCGAAAGCGGCCGCCUUUUCUCCGGUUUCAGAGCCUGGGAAGCUUUGCAAAAAGCGCCGGCGUGAAAAAUAAAAACGCGAAAAAGGAAAAGCGGCCCGCACGCGCAAAGCCAAUCCGCAUGCUAUGGGCCCGAUUUUCCUUUGCUUUUUGGGCGCCCCCCGUGGCACCCGGAUCGGCCCCAUAGCAUUGGGGCUGGCUUUCGGGAAGGAAUUUCGGGAAUUUGCCAAAAUUUGCGACGUUUCCCAAGUGGCCGCCAUACCGUGCGGCAUAACGUUACUCGCGGUGGUAUGGCGAGCCCAUAAAAAGCAACGCUGCGGCCAAGGCUGUGGUCGGCAAAAAAACGCCCACGACCCACCUCACUACCCCCGCCCCGGCGGCUAUAUUUGGUAAGAUUGCCAGCGAUGCGCGAGCAGGUAUGGAACCAGAAGAGGACAAGAACAGAGCCGAUGUCAUCAGCAAAGGCACGACAGAACAAAUUUCGUCACGCACUGCAGGUGGAACCGAAGAGGAAGAGGCGGAGCACGCACCACCUGCGCAUUCCGAGCAGGGCUUUGACCUCAUUUUUCUAGACGCACGCCACGACUACCGAGCUGUUGCAGAAGAUGUAACCGCCUGGAUAACAAAACUUAGGCCCGAGGGACCGGUGGUGCUUUGCGGCCACGAUUUGCAGUGGCAAUACCCCGGCCUCGCGAUGGCGGUCGUGGCCAUCGCCAAGCGACUUCGAAAGCCGGUGUACUUUGCUUCGGACGGAAUGUGGUGGUUGCAGUUUGGGUUCUGAUUAACCAAAUAAAAACAAAAAGAAAAACUGUAAGAUCAAAACCCUACGAACAUCUUAGGCGGCCCCCAGACCAGGAACGCAAUAGAAAUUGUGUCUUGUGGUGGACAUUAGUUGCACAUCAAGCUUCUAGUAGCGACCUUCUUCCGAUGAAAGCAGAAACUACUUCUUCAAGGACAAAAAUAACAAUCGAGAUC